CCGAAUCCCUUCAGUCCAACUUCGAUGUCUCCACGGCCGUCAUGUCACAAAUUUACGGCGAUUUUACAUCGACACAUCAGGGAAAGGUUGGGGAAGAAAUUGAUAGAGUGAUGAGUUGUGCCUAAUUGGUAUGGAGCAUGAAUUCAAUUUGCUUCCGCCUGACACCUCCGGACUGCUGAGUUCGAUGACUGGGCUUUACCAUUCACCCAAUUCGACGGAAAACCUCGUCUCGACAGAUCCGCUUUUCAACUUCAGCCUCCACGAGGCGAUCGAGAUCCUGAAGGAACACCAACGGACUGAGAAAGUGCUCGUCCCCGAUACGGAGAUCGUAAUUAUAAUCGUCUACUCGGUCUUGAUGACCUCCGGGGUCGUCUCCAACGCGCUGGUCUGCUUCGUCGUCGCAAGGCAGUGCGCCAGGAAACACCACCAAGCCGGACCCUCGCCUCGCAACAUGUACAUAGUGAACCUCGCAGUGGCGGAUCUGGCCCUCUGCCUCGUCUGCAUGCCCUUCACCCUGGUCAGCCUCCUCAAAAGGCGUUGGACGCUCGGUUUGACCCUUUGCAAACUCGUUCCGGCCCUCCAAGGAGCCAACAUCAUGGUGUCGGCCGGCACGAUCACCGCUAUCGCCUUGGACAGAUAUUUCACGAUAGUGCAGACUCCGCGCGGUGGGGUGUGCAGGACGGCGCGUUGCAGCGUUGCCUCGACCAUCGUCCUCAUCUGGAGCCUCUCCUUCCUGUCGAUGGUGCCUCUACUCAUCUACCAAGAAGUUGAGACCGUCCGCCUGGGAGGUCUCGUCGUCUACGAAGCCUGCCUGGAGAGGUGGCCUUCCCGGGCGGCCCAGGCAGGCUACACUCUCGCCAUUUCCGUUGCACAGUUCGCCUUCCCGGUCCUUGUCCUCAGCACGAUCCACGCGAGGAUAUCUUCCUACCUCAGGCUCCACCUCUCCUCGCCGCCAGUCGACAGCAGCUGUAAAAGAGCGAGGAGGGAGUGGAGGCGGAACAGGCGGACGAUGAUGAUCCUCUCGUGUAUAGCUAUAGUGUUCGCUUUGAGUUGGCUUCCUAUGACGGCGUUCAACCUGCUCAUCGAGUUCCAACCCGGGCUGCUGACUCCUCCGAGAACCCUCUACUUGGUAUUCGCCCUCUGCCACAUCAUGGCCAUGUCGACGGCGGUGACCAACCCUCUGAUGUACGGCUGGCUCAACACCAACUUCCGUCGGGAGUUCAGGUUUCUCGGCGGUAGCGACAAGUCUUCGGAGAAGAAGCGAAGAGCGGCGAACCGCAACAGGAGGAUUAGCGCGCCUCAGAGUAUCGUCAUACGGCACGACAGGAGGACGAGCAUGACCUGCUUCACGACCAUCACCUCCUCCAACACGACCAGGCCGUCGACCACUCUCACACUUCUGCCGCACAGCAGUGUCGACAAUCUCUAACUUUAACUUCUAAAUGACGUCGAAAACGCCUUAAUCCUACAUCAAAAGUUCCCAACCAAACCGUACACAGACGUUUAUCCUAUAAUUGUGAUAGGUGUGAAUGAUGCGCCCUAGAUCGAAGGAGGUGUUGUCGGACGGGAACCGUGACCGUUUCUCGAUACGGCACGACUGAGCCCCAAGUUCUCCGUCUGACAAUGCUUUUCUCACAAAGCCCAAAGAAAACGAAAACAACUGAUUCUACGGACCAAUUUAACUGAUUAGUUGAAUAGUGGUCUAGCAAUAAUCCGAGAGGACUAUAUGUUUAUAUUUCAUACCUAGUAUAACUAUGUGUUGAUCUGUAAUUGAAUAUUGAUUAAACACCUGAAAAAGUGAAAAUAUUUGUAUAAAUUAUAAAUAUAAGCAAUAUUUAUUUA